GCGCUGGCCGCUCAGCCGGACCUGGGGGGAAGCGGCCGGUGCCAAGCUCCUGCCUGGAAAAGCGUGGCUUUGCAAAAGCCCUGCCAUGCAGAGCGCGCGCGGCAUCGGCCUCUUCCUGCAAAAGCAAUGCCUCUGCCUGGGCUUCCUGCUGCUCCACCUCCUGGGCCAGGUAUCUGCGACUCAGCGCUGUCCAUCCCCGUGCCCGCCCCAGUGCCCCACGACACCGCCUAGCUGCGCCCCCGGGGUGCGCGCCGUGCUGGACGGCUGCUCCUGCUGCCUCGUGUGCGCUCGACAGCGCGGGGAGAGCUGCUCCGAGCUGGAGCCCUGCGACCCAAGCAGUGGCCUCUACUGUGACCGCAGCGCGGACCCCAGCAACCAGACUGGCAUCUGCAUGGCACUAGAAGGAGACAACUGUGUGUUCGACGGAGUCAUUUACCGCAGUGGAGAGAAGUUUGAACCAAACUGUCAGUACCACUGCACCUGCAGAGACGGACAGAUAGGCUGCGUGCCCCGCUGCCAGCUGGAUGUGUUGCUGCCUGGACCAGACUGCCCGGCUCCGAGAAAAGUGGCGGUGCCUGGAGAGUGCUGCGAGAAGUGGACCUGCAGCCCAAACGAGGAGACAUUUGGAGGCCUGGCCCUCCCAGCCUACAGACCAGAAGCCACUGUAGGAGUUGAAGCUUCUGACUCCAGCAUCAACUGCAUUGAGCAGACCACUGAGUGGAGUGCCUGUUCCAAGAGCUGUGGGAUGGGCUUCUCCUCCCGGGUCACCAACAGGAAUCGUCAGUGUGAGAUGGCGAAGCAGACCCGGCUGUGCAUGGUGCGGCCCUGUGAACAAGAGCCAAGGCAGCCAGAAGACAAGAAAGGAAAGAAGUGUCUCCGCACCAAGAAGUCACUGGAGGCCAUCCACCUGCAGUUCAAGAACUGCACCAGCCUGAACACCUACAAGCCCAGGUUCUGUGGGGCCUGCAGUGACGGCCGCUGCUGUACCCCCCACAAUACCAAGACCAUCCAGGUGGAGUUCCAGUGCUCCCCAGGGCAGAUCCUCAAGAAGCCAGUGAUGGUCAUUGGGACUUGCACCUGUCACACCAACUGUCCUCAGAACAAUGAGGCCUUCCUUCAGGACCUGGAGCUGAAGACCAGCCUAGGGGAAAUGUGACGUGUGUCCCCAGGAAGCUUACCUACAGAGCUGCUGCUGCCUGGCCGACCAUCAGCUGAUUCUAAGAGAAAUAAUGCAGAAACGCAUUGCAUCCUUCAGUCCUGUGUGUGUUUUUCUGUGAUCCUAUAUUUGUCUCUUAAGUAGUGGAAGAUAGUCCAGCUGUAAACCUGGAAUCAAGGUAACCUCAGGAUAUGGCUUAGGGAUGACUUACUUUCCUGUGAUACUUAUUACAGUGCAAAUUUCUAUAAAUGCAGAAGCAAAUUAAUUUACUUUGCAGACUGGAUCAUGUUACAUUCAUGUUGCUGUGCACUAGAUGAAUUCUAAGGAAAUGUCGCAGUAACAAAUGACUGAGUGAAAUCUAGUAUUAUACUGAACACGUUGUACAAAUACUUCACCAUAUACUGAAGCUUGACUUGAGGUAUCUCUAUUGGGCUCCCUUUUGGGGUAGGUCAACUCUGCACUUCCAAGUUCAAUAUAAAACAUGCACCUCUUCAACAUGAAGUUCAGGGACUACCUUUCCAUGUAGCUGUGCACUCAGCAACAUACUGUAGCUGCAGUAAUGAAGUGCUUGUACAUUGAAUGGACUGAGGUCAUGAGCUUCCUCCAUUGCAGAUAGAUUGACUCCUUUCCGACAGAAAGAAGCUAAACAGAAAACUCCUCAUGCACAGUGACGGAGCUUCUCAGCCUCACGUACUUGUAUUCUGGAGGCUGCCGGGGCUCACUCAUUCAUAAGUCAGCAGGAGUUCCCUUGUGAGAAAGGAAAUUGAGUUCACUGAGGCCCAAGGCACUUGAAUACAACUUCUGAUGACUUUCAGGCAUGCUUUUAAGUCCAAAAAGAGGAGCAAAAUCCACAAGGUUGUGGCAGUAAGAAACCACAAAUUUUGUGAGUUUUAAAUUAUAGAAGACAUGGCCAAAACACAAACUUGGGUCUUAUGAAAACUCACGAUCAAGACAUGGAUGUGUGCAUACUACAUCUAACAGGUCGGACAGGCUACAAAAGUUAAUCUGUACAUGCCUCAAAUGUCACCACAUGUGUUCCACUUUUCUCCUUUAAAGUAUUUAUAAAACUAUAAAUUAUACAUUUUGUAAAAUAUUCAUGGUAAUCUCUCUACUUUUCAGACAUGACUGAUAAACAUGAUGUUACCAGUGUGACUGAUUCUGGUUUUGUAUUACAAGUUUAAUGUUGAUGAUUGAAAAUAAAAAUUUAUGAGUUAA